UUCUUCCAUUUGAAUCAGAGAGAAAAUCAAGUACCCCAAAAAAAAAAACCCCAAACCCUAGAAAAAUGUUUCGUGGGGUUCUCAUUCUCAUUAGAAAUUGAUGCCGAUCCUAUCAAUUCUCAUCUUUCUCCUCUUCCUCCGAUCAUCUUUGAUUGCUUCUCAACAGCCGCAAUUCCAGGAAGACCCUCCGAAUCCCCACCUAUUUUCAGCUCAGGAGCCUUGGCGAAAAAGUGCUAGGAGGCUUUCGAAACCCCUAGUUAGAGACGAUGGAAGAGUUUACAGUUGUUCGGAAAGGAACUUGUUUGCCUUUGAAAGUAAUGGGUCCAUAGCUUGGACUGUGAAUUUAAAUUACACGUGUAACGUUGGAAUAGCUCCGAUUCAUGGUGGUUCAAGAAAGAUUUAUUUGGUUGCAGAAAAUAGAGUGUUGAGAAUCAACCCUUUGAAUAUUGGAACCUCUGAACCUGCUGUAGAGGUUUUCUUUGGACCAAAGCCGGGAGAAGAAGGGGGUGAAAUUAUUGGGAUAGCUGUAAGCACGUUGAGUUCAUCCGUCUUUAUCAAUGUUAAAAAUAGGGGACUCUUUGCAUACAGGUUGCAAGGUCAAUUGCUCUGGAGUACUGGACCCAUGCUUUAUCAAUGGGGUUAUCGCCAAGGUUGCAGGAAAGAUGUCAAGGAUUGCUAUUUUAGUUCAAUUCCCGUGAUUGACCAGUGUGAAGCUAGUUUAUAUAUCUCAAAUACAGAAGGGGAACUUUAUUCUUUGUCAGUUCAAAGCCCUCGUUUUAAAUGGGUACAGGAUUUGAGUUCGUUCGACAAGAGUUUUACUAUUACUCCCGGAAACAAUGGCCGUUUGUAUGUUACUGUAGCAGUUAAGGCUAUUUUGCUGGCUCUAGAUGUUAAUACUGGAACAGUCCUGUGGCAAAGAAAUUUUGGGCCCCUAAGUACCACAGAUUGUGCUCCAGUCAUUGACUCUAAUGGCUGGCUAUCAAUUGGCUCACUGAAUGGUUUCCUGUACUCAUUUUCACCAACUGGGAUUCUAAAAAAAUUCCCAAAAGCAGAUGCAGAAGAUUCUGUACUCCAAUUUAGUCCACUUCUUGAUUGCUCUGGAUAUGCUAUCUAUAUAUCUCAGACUGUAAUGGAUGGAAAAAUCAGUCGCACAAUCGGUGAUUAUAGUUACAUCUCAGCUUUGAAACCAGUAAAAGUAGUCUUCACUUUGCUUGUCCCAGCUACUGGAUCCGUCUAUUGGUCCGAAAGCUAUCCGGCAUCAGGCCAAUUUUCAUCCUUGUGGAAGAGUGAUCUGCAAUAUUUUGUGCUGGAUGAAAGGAUCCUGCUCGCUUUUAUUACCGCUUCAAAGAUUGGAAACCCGCUUCAAUGCCGCAGCACACGUCAGAAGCUCACAUCCAGCUGCUCCCAAGCAGAGCCUAAGCUAGUCGGCAUCUACACAGGUAACGAAAGGGCAAUACCGUUGUUUCUGUUAUUCGAGACUGCAGUUUUGAUAGUACACGUUAUAGUUGUUCGAUUCUGUUGCCUAUUUUGGAGGAAGAAGAAGCUUCAAGGUCAGGACCUCGGAAAAUUCCUAGAAAAGAGACGUUCUCUUCAGCAACAAAAGAAAGCAUUUGACAGGACAAUUACAGAGCUUGAGAAAAAAGCUGCAGAGGAAGCAAUGGCAAAUGAAAUGCUCGAAAAACUCGGAGAUUUGGUGAAACAAAAGGAAGGCAUAGAGAGGAAGCUCUCAACGACGUACAGUUUAGGAAGGGACAGAACUAACUCAAAGUCGAAAUCCCUCCUCCCGUUAUCCGAUGGCAAAACGAAGAGCUAUUCAUUUCAAGGUUCGAAGAAGGAGAGCGUCACCAUAUUCCACGCUCUGAGCGAUACCUCUUCUGCGGAUAGCAGCAGCGAAAAGGAAACAGAAUCGAGUUUCUUCGAGGACAAGGAAUCAGCAGUGAAAGCCAAGGGAAAGGGAAAAGCACACAGUGAUGUUGGGAGUUCUAGCGACGAUGAUGAGAAUUGCGAAGGAAAUGAGGGGGGUGCAUCAGCAGGACGAAAGGGAUUCAUGAAUCCAUUGUUUGUGGGAAAUGCAUUUGAUGGAUCAAAGGAGUUGAAGGUGGUGGAUGAAGGGGUGGUGAGGGAAUCCAUGCAGAGUGGUGAUAGGAGUAUCAUAAGGAGGAGGAGCUUGUCUUCAACUUACUAGGAACUGGAAAAUUGUGUCAUUUUCGUGCAUAUGUAACUCCUUUAUUUUAGUUAUGGAUUUAUCUACUUUUCUGUUUGAAUCACGCGGAUGAAAGUUGGUUAUUUUUGCUGAAAA